ACACCCGCGGCUGCCCACGGCCGCCCGCACCCACACGCGUGGCCGCCGCCGCGGGGGCUGAGGCCGGGCGCAGCUCAGCGCAGGCGGCCCCGCCCCGCGGACUACAUCUCCCAUCGCCCCCCGCGGCGGCGCCCCGCCGCCCCGCCAUGGCCUCCGCCGGCAGCGCCGAGCCCGAGCGGCCGCACCCGAGGCCGUUCCUCAUCGGCGUCAGCGGCGGCACGGCCAGCGGCAAGCCCUUCCCCUGCUCAGUCCACAGUGUGUGAGAAGAUCAUGGAGCUGCUGGGGCAGAACGAGGUGGAGCGCCGGCAGCGGAAGGUCCUGAUCCUCAGCCAGGACAGCUUCUACAAGGUGCUGACGGCCGAGCAGAAGGCCAAGGCGCUCAAGGGCCAGUACAACUUCGACCACCCGGAUGCUUUUGAUAAUGACUUGAUGCAUACAACCCUGAAAAAUAUUGUCGAGGGGAAGACAGUUGAGGUGCCAACCUACGACUUCGUGACACAUUCUAGGCUGGCAGAGACGACCGUGGUCUACCCUGCUGACGUCGUUCUCUUUGAGGGGAUCCUGGUUUUCUACAGUCAAGACAUUCGGGACAUGUUCCAUCUCCGGCUCUUUGUCGACACGGAUUCCGACGUCCGGCUGUCCCGCAGAGUUCUGCGAGAUAUGAAACGUGGGAGGGACCUUGAGCAGAUCCUCACCCAGUACACCACGUUCGUCAAACCUGCCUUUGAGGAGUUCUGCUUACCGACGAAAAAGUACGCAGAUGUGAUCAUCCCCCGAGGAGUCGACAACAUGGUUGCUAUAAACCUCAUAGUGCAGCACAUUCAGGACAUCCUCAAUGGAGACAUCUGCAAGUGGCAGCGAGGGGCAGUGAACGGGCACGGUCGGACCUACAAGCGCCCGUUCCCCGAGCAAACGGAGAGCAGCAGCAGCAGCGUGCUAGCGGCCGGCAAACGCUCCCACCUGGAGUCCAGCAGCCGUCCGCACUGACCCGCCGGCGUCUGGAGGGUUUGCCUCUGGUCCAGACCAACACUGAAGACAACUUUGGGAAAGGACUUCAACAGAAUGGUUGGUGAAGUGCCCUUUAACUCAGCCUAGCAGCGGAGGGGAUACUGGUGUGAAACCUCUCGCAGAGGGGAGAGGGAGUCCUCCCCUCCCCAGCCCCUCCCUUUUCUCCCUACGAUGUCUGGAGUUAUUGUGUUACUUGAUGAACUGGUUAAAGGCAGUGCUACUUGCUUUUUUUUUUUUUUUUUUUAAUUGUCAAAAUGAGAUCUAAUGCUGAAGUCUCCCCUGAAAAUUAAGCGCUACCGGGUGAGUAGCAAAAUGCCCCAUUUCCCUGAUGAUAAUUUUCCUGCUGAGGAGGAUCAUUUGCCUGUGUCUUCAAAAGGAAAAACAGUCUCUUUAUCCAAGAUUAGCUCACACCCUGUUAAUUUUGAGAAGCAAGUGGAGUCCUUGCUCUUCUCCACCUUGUUGGCACCUUGAGUUCUGGCAUUGCUCUCCUGCUGGCCAGCCUCCUUUUUAACCAGUAGUAGCAUGUGGGGGCAGGAGGGUUGACCUGUAGAGGAACCUCUCCCCUGAGACAGAGAUGAAAUCAGGACUGUCAGGGACAAAUGGGAGCUUGCAGUUCAUUGGAGGGACAGGCCCAAGAACUUGUGGGGUUCUGGUUCCUAAUUUAUCCCUUUACUCCUCAACACUGCUAUGCUGUGUGAUUGAAUUUUUUUUUUUUUUUUUUUUUUUUUUUUUUUUGCACCCAAAUAGUCUCCUUUGCCACAGUUACUGAAUGUGUGAGCUCCAACUGGAUUGAGUUGCUCAUGGAAACACAAACCUGACCUUGUCAGUAUUAGUGUCUUUUAAGGCAUUUCUGUACUGCUGGGUGCAGAUUCUGCUGGGCAGAAUCCGUCCACUUCCACAGCUGAGUGGUAAGAUCAGCCAGGGGGAAAGCUGUGAAUUGCAAGACCCUGUUUCUGGUGGCACGAACAGCUCCCUGGACAUGCUUCUACCCUCAAACAGGGUCGGAGCGUUUGCCUUGCACUCAGGCAGUUUAAACUCAAGAAUGUCUGUUUUUUCCAAAAAGAGCAGACGAGGCUAGAAGUAAAAACAGUGACUUCCCAGUUUCUGUUGUUUACCCCAGAUAAGCGAUACUGCAGCAACAUGGAAGUUUCUGGAAAAAAAAUUCUGAAAUUAAGUGCUGGUCGGGCCUUUGAAAAAUGUCCUUGUGGUAUCCUUCUUAAGUCUUGGACGUACAGUGUAAUUUUAAGAAUGGGGGUGGGGGGAAAUACUAUUAAGAGGAACUUUUUAAUAUUUGUUAGUUUUCUAAAACCAGGGUCUGGCUGUGUUGGUUGUGGGUGUGUUACUUUGGCUAAUAAACAAAUGAACAGUGA